AUGGAAACACAGGACAGAGCAGAACUCUGCUUUCCACAACUGUCCAACACCUCCUGCAAGAAGCCUGCAUAUUCCCUUUCUGAACUUUUAUUCUUUAACAUCACACUGUCCUUCAUAUCUGUGAUCACCGUGACUCUGAACCUGCUCGUCAUCAUCUCAGUCUCCCACUACAGGCAGCUCCACACACCCACUAACAUCCUCAUCCUCUCUCUGGCUGUCUCAGACUUUCUCGUCGGUCUCCUGAUAAUGCCGUCACAUAUCAUCCGAAACACAGGUUGCUGGUUUCUUGGUGACUUCAUGUGUUUUCUGUUUAAUUAUGCAACUUAUAUCAUCACCUCAUCUUCAAUAGCAGACAUGGUGCUCAUUUCAAUCGAUCGCUAUGUGGCCAUUUGUGAUCCUCUGCAUUACCAAACCAGAGUCACUAAGAGCAGAGUUAAAGUCUGUGUCUGUCUGUGUUGGCUCUGCUCUGUUCUCUACAAUAUUCUUUUGGUAAAGGAUGACCUGUCUGAACCAGGUAGUCAUAAUUCCUGUUACGGAGAAUGUGUGCUUGUUGUUGACUACAUUACAGGAACUGUUGAUCUCAUUGUAACCUUUCUUGCUCCUGUUUCCGUCAUUGUAGUUCUGUACAUGAAAGUAUUUGUGGUGGCUGUGUCUCAGGCCCGGGCCAUGCGCUCUCAUGUUACAGAGAUCAAACUCCAGCUUUCAGUGACUCAAACAAAGAAAUCUGAGUUAAAAGCAGCCAGGAAUCUUGGUGUUUUAGUAGUUGUGUUUCUAAUAUGUUUCAUCCCAUAUUACUGUGUCUCUCUAGUAAAGGCUGAUUUGCUCAAAAGCAGUACUGCAUCCUUGGUGUACUCUCUGCUCUACUUUAACUCCACUUUAAACCCUGUGAUCUACACACUGUUCUACCCCUGGUUCAGAAAAGCUGUAAAAUUCAUUGUGACUCUUCAGAUACUGCAGCCUGGGUCCUGCCAGGACAAAAUACUGUAG